AUGCCCACUGCCCCUUACCCGCAGCUCCUGCCUCCCCGCAUCUCUGAGCGCGAGUUCGGGUGGGUUCCUCCCGGGGCCGGCCUGGCUCCCUUCGCCUCCUAUCUGCGCAGCAGAAAGCCAUCCGAGGUGGCCGAGCAGUGCAGUGGAAAAGUACUGUCGGUGAAGCUUUCUCUCCAGGGUUCCUCCAAGGUCGUGGGCCAGCCUGGCGCGCCAGAGCUGGGAGACCAGUCCCCCGCUGCAGCGGCUGGUAGUGACUCUCGCCUGGACUAA